CAGCGCGCCAUGGUGUCUGCAAUGGAAUUCAUGUCCGCAAAUCAUUAUGGGUGCUGCCGACACGGCGGACACCUCAUGCUCACAGUUAUUCUGGCCCUGCCCUGCCAGACCGGCUCUCCAUGUCAAACCCUGAAAAAAAAAAAACCCCUUGCAUAGAAAUGUCUUAGUGUGCACAACACCUGCCCGAGAUUGCCUUUGUCAAGUCCCCAACGUCCCAUGUUCAGAGGCUUCCGAGUUGACUUCCUGCUCCGCGCUGACCAUCUGAUGGCCGGCCUGGUAUGCCUCAUGUUCGCAUCCAUUGGAGCGCACCUUCUCAGUGAUAAGUUUGACCAGCUCUUGCAGGUCUUGAGCUCUUCUUGGAGCCUGGUGGUUUGGGCCUCGUCCUUGAACCGUCCUUUUCGGACAAUCUUCGUCUUCUCCUCCAACGCGGCUUUCGCACACGAGUGGGUUCCCUUUGCGCAACCGUACUGUUCUUCAAAGACAAGUCAGGCAGACCCGGACACCCCCAGAAUGGCCGUGGCAGCGGGAUGGGCAAAUGGCCUACCAUGGCAGCCUCGAGACGCUUGCUGACGCGCUGCGCCGGGGUAGUGGAGAACUGCGGAUUAGUUC